GGCAAUUUGUAGAUCUAAACAAUAAAGCAUAUGUUAAGUACUUAGGUGUAUUGAUAGACAACCACUUAUCCUGGAGAAAUCAUAUUGACUACAUCAGCUCAAAACUAAGUAAGACGAUUGGUCUAUUUGSUAAACUUCGGCACACAKUUCCUCAGCACACAUUAAUAACUUUAUAUUGGUCAMUGAUACAUCCAUACUUGAAUUAUGCUAUCGUUGCAUGGGGACAAGCUUCAAAAACASUCUUCAACAAACUUUUACUUCUACAAAAACGUGUACUAAGAUUCAUAUUUUUUGCAAAUCAGAGAGAUAGUUGCAUUCCUCUGUUUKUAAAASCUAAUAUYCCACCUUUAAAUAUUAUGUACUGYCAGUCUGUUGCUAACCUCGUACAUGAUGUUGUAAACGAAAAUUGCCCUAUAAACAUUCAGCAAUUAUUCUCAUCAAUCAAAAACAUCCAUUGCUAUGAGACCCGCUCUGCAGCUGAUGGUAAAUUGUAUUCAAAACCAUCAAGAUUGAAAAUACAACUCAACUCCUUCUCUAGAUCAGGUACCAGAUUCUGGAACUCUUUACCCAAAUCAGUUAAGGACAGUCAAAAAUUUUCAUUUAAAAAAAAGAUACGUAAUACUCUUUUUUCUAUGCUUAUACAUGAAGAGAGCUAUUUUGAAAUUGGAAGAGCCACACAGGUCUUUUCAAAAUAUUAUUUACCAAGUGAAUCUUGAUCAAAUUGUGCUAACUACAAAAUAUAUACUUAUCAACAUUCUCUAUCUAUUUCAAUUUAAUGGCGUUGCCUUCAGUUUGCAAAUAGUUUGUAAAUAAUUUAAUUUAAUUUGUAUUUAUUUGUACUUUUAUCUGACCUUUUAAACUUGAACAAGUGUAUUGGAAGUAAAUAUAAAUAUAUACAUAUAUAAUCAGUAACCUGCCUUAGAAUAGUAUUAACUAGUUGCAGGUCACUGAAAUCCACAAAUGUAUCGAAUAUAUAAGAAUAUAUAGUAAUAAAUUGAAAUUAGUUUCGGCACUUCUCUAUUUUUUUAAGAUUCGAGUGCAAGAGGCUGGAAUCCUACUUUAAGACAAUCCAAAGCUGGUGUAGUUACCAUUGACUGGGAUCACUCCACGCUGCCAACAAAGAACUAUAUUGUUGUACCGUUGUAUAACUUCACCAAGACAAGAGAACCAUUCCUGUACAUCAUUGAACAUAGAAAUGACACAUCAAUAGCAGUGGAAGACCUUAAACCAAAUACUUUAUAUACGUUUAAGUAUAUUGCUUUUGAUUCUACGAACACAAGAGGACCCUUACUUGUAAACAGUGCAGCAACGGUCCUAACGAGAAACGACACGUUAAGGCUUAUGGGUGGAAAACUUUCCAACGAGGGACGAGUAGAAAUAUACAAAAAUGGUUGGUGGAACAAAAUAUGCAUCGUCAAUUUUGGGUGGAAAUAUAGAGCUGCUAGAGUGGUGUGCCUAUCACUGGGUCUAAGUUAUCCUUCUUAUAUACCUUAUUAUAGAGUAUUUUAUGGGACGUCAUUAACAAUACAUUUUGUUAGAGAUGUUCGUUGUACAGGAACAGAAAACAGUCUCGAAGAAUGUUCAAGUACUGGUGCAUCAUCAAGAUGUCCUUACUACUCAUAUACAGCUGGUAUGGUAUGUGGGAAUCCACCAGUUUUUCAUCAAAAUAUCACUGAGAUGGCUGGUGUUAUUACAAGUCCUGGAUAUCCAUCAUUCAUGACGCAAGGCGAUUACCGCUGGACAUUCACACAAAAUAUGUCACGUGGUCGUGUUGCUUUAUAUUUUGAGGAGUUGGAUUUAAGUCAAUAUGGGGGGUCAAGUAACGUUUCAAUCCAAGAGUCAUCAUCAUCAUCGUUCAGCAAAGAGUAUACCAACGUUUAUCGUAGUAAGCCUGGGAUGGUGAUUAAUUUGUCAGGUCAACUUAGAUUCUAUUCACCCUAUACUUCAAAUCGUGAUUACGGUGAUGGCCGAGGGAUGCGAGUUCGGUUUCUUGUUUACAGCGAGCCAGAAGGAGGAGUACAUACACAUAUGAAUUGGAAACUAUUAUUAUCAAGCAACCAUUAUACCAGAAUUACUGCUAAUUGGACUCAAGUCGUCUUCACAGGCUACGAUAUAAUCGGCUUUGUGAUGUCCUGCAAUUCUACCCAAGAUUGGGCAAAAGAAGUAUCGUAUGCAGUUGGAGAGGGCAAUUCAACAUCUUUAACCUGCAGUGAACUGAUUGUAUAUACUCACUAUAAUGUACACGUGUUAGUGCAGCUAAGAAUGCAAGGGAAAGACAUCUAUAAGAUAUAUCAGAGCUUAGUGGCGUCCUUAACAACUCCACAGUCGUAUCCGAAGAGAAGUCCUCGAGGAGUUUAUUCCACUGAUAUUACACAAAGUACAGCAGUUAUUGGAUGGCAGGAAAUCUCCAGAAAAGAUGCUCGUGGUGAACUCCUUGGGUACAAAGUUAAGGUCUUCAAUCGCGACUCUUGGAGAUAUGAACAAGAGGUAAAUACAAGUGAUACAUCAGUCAUCUUAAAGGAUCUCUCACGAGCGACCGACUAUGAAGUCAAAAUUCGAGGUUACACUUCAGUUGGGUCAGGACCAUAUAUAAUUGCUUACUUUUCAACUUUAGCAUGUGAUGCUAUUACUAUAAAGAACCAAUUACAUGGCAGGAUAGACUUUCAGUAUGCUAAGACAUUAAGUAUAACCUGUAUCUGGAAAUUGGUUGCACUAACUCCGAACACGCUGAUCUUGUUCGUUUUGGAAUCACUUUAUUUGCGAUCAAGCUGGUGGUCGAGUCGUUGCAGAGAUCGCUACCUGAUAAUUAAAGACGACAAAGGAAACUCAGUGCAAGGCAGAAUGUGYKGSUCAAGGCAUUCUUUGCUUUUUACCUCACUUGGUUUYGCUGAAGUAAAACUUUAUUUGAGAARAKCGUCCGCUUCUAUGUCCUCGUCUUUUUUCAUGCUUGAAAAUGGCCUUGGAAAUGGUAAGGGUUUCACUUUCAKUGUUUUGAAAUCCGCAUUAUUCUAAUAUUUCGUUUAUGGCUGUUUCUUYUGACWUGUACAUUGGAUCAAAGCUAGUAACGCUUCCUUGAAAUGCUUCGCAUUGGAAAACAUUUAAUGUCGACAUUGAUGAAGACAGCUUGACAAGCUCAGAUUUCAGAAAUACCGCAACUUUUACAACAUACAUUUUUUUGCAUCGUGUAUCAAUACCAUGAUGCAUUGUGUCCAAAACUUC